UGAAACACAGUUCAAACCAGCACACAGACAAUCAUGUACGACAGCAGCAGCAGCCUCAAGAUCCCCAGCAGUCCCCAAGAAGAGGACAAAGCUGAAGGAAAAGUCUAUGGGAAUGUUUUUGCAGAACUGGAAUCAGUAGAUCUGCCACUGGGAACGAGUUUAAGGUCUGUUUACGAUGAUCAGCCCAACGCACACAAAAGGUUUAUGGAGAAGCUUGAUGCCAGAAUACGAAACCACGACAGAGAGAUUGAAAAAAUGUGCAACUUUCAUCAUCAGGGAUUCGUCGACGCCAUCACAGAGCUGCUGAAGGUCCGAGCAGAUGCUGAGAAACUGAUGGGCCAAGUGAGCGACACCAACCGAAGACUUCAAGACGCCGGACGGGAGGUGACGGCCCAAACUGAGGAGGUCAUCCGCUGCAGGAUUCAGCAGAGGAACAUGGCCACCACCGUGGAGAAGUUGCAGCUCUGCAUUCCCGUCCUGGAAAUGUACAGCAAAUUAAAGGAGCAGCUUGAAUCUAAAAGAUAUUACUCUGCAUUGAAAACCAUGGAGCAGCUAGAAAACAUUUAUAUUCCCAGAGUGAGCCAGUACAGGUUCUGCCAGAUUAUGGCUGAGAUGCUCCCAAAACUCAGAGAGGAGAUUAAAGAGAUCUCCAUGUCUGACCUAAAAGACUUCUUGGAGAGCAUCCGAAAGCACUCAGAUAAGAUUGGAGAAACCGCAAUGAGACAGGCUCAGCAGCACCGUACGUUCAACAGUGCAGUUCAGAAGCAGGUCACUCUGAGUUGUGCCAAACCUCUGUAUGGACUGAAUGGCCGUACGCCCCUCCAUCACAACGGCCUGAGCACAGACACAGCAGAGGAAGAGGAGAUGGAUGAGGAGGUCUUGACUGCUCAGGAUCUGGUGGACUUUUCGCCGGUCUACCGAUGUCUUCACAUCUAUACUGUUUUGGGAGACAGAGAGACAUUUGAAAAUUACUAUAGGAAACAAAGGAAAAAACAAGCAAGACUUGUACUACAGCCUCAGUCCAACAUGCACGAGACAGUGGAGGGCUACAGGAAGUACUUUAAUCAGAUUGUUGGGUUUUUUGUGGUGGAGGAUCACAUAUUACACGCCACACAAGGCCUGGUGACCAGAGCCUUCACCGACGAGCUGUGGAACAUGGCACUGUCCAAAAUCAUUGCAGUUCUCCGCACACACUCCUCCUACUGCAACGAUCCUGACCUGGUCCUGGAACUGAAGAACCUGAUAGUUAUUUUUGCAGACACUUUACAGGGUUAUGGCUUCCCUGUGAACAGACUUUUUGACCUGUUGUUUGAGGUUCGAGAUCAGUACAAUGAAACGUUGCUCAAGAAGUGGGCCCUGGUGUUCAGGGAUAUUUUUGAGCAGGACAACUACAGCCCCAUUCCUGUGGAUACUGAAGAGGAGUAUAAGGCAGUGGUCAGUCGCUUCCCCUUCCAUGAUGCAGAGAUAGAAAAGCAACAAUUCCCAAAGAAGCUGCCCAUGUCCCAGUCAGUGCCUCAAAUCUACUCUCAAGUGAAGGAGUUUAUUUACGCCAGCUUGAAGUUCUCCGAGUCACUCCAUCGCAGCUCAACCGAAAUCGAUGACAUGCUCCGUAAAUCCACCAACCUGCUGUUGACGAGAACCUUGAGCAGCUGCUUACAAAACCUCAUCAAAAAGCCGCACAUUGGAUUAACAGAGCUUGUUCAAAUCAUCAUCAACACCACCCACUUAGAGCACGCAUGUAAAUACCUGGAGGAUUUUAUCACCAACAUCACCAAUGUUUCCCCGGAAACGGUUCACACCACAAGACUUUACGGGCUUUCCACCUUCAAGGAUGCCAGACAUGCUGCUGAAGGAGAAAUUUACACUAAACUCAACCAGAAGAUUGAUGAAUUCAUUCAGCUGGCGGAUUACGAAUGGGGAAUGGCGGAGUCGGACGGCAGGGCCAGCGGCUACCUCAUGGAUCUCAUUAACUUCCUACGCAGCACCUUCCAGGUCUUCACCCACCUUCCGAAUAACAACAAUGAUCAUGCUGCCAUGUCGGGUAAAGUGGCACAGACGGCAUGUAUGUCGGCCUGUAAACAUCUGGCCACGUCACUGAUGCAGAUGCUGCUGGACACUGAGCUCAAACAGAUCAGCAUGGGAGCCAUUCAGCAGUUCAACCUGGAUGUUAUACAGUGUGAACUGUUUGCCAGUUCAGAGCCUGUGCCAGGAUUCCAGGGGGACACGCUGCAGUUGGCCUUCAUUGACCUCCGACAGCUCUUAGAUCUGUUCAUGGUGUGGGAUUGGUCCACGUAUCUGGCAGACUACGGACAGCCCACCUCAAAGUACCUGCGGGUGAACCCCUCCACUGCGCUAGCACUUUUGGAGAAGAUGAAAGACACGAGUAAAAAGAACAACAUCUUCUCCCAGUUCAGGAAGAAUGAUCGCGACCGGCAGAAGCUGAUCGAGACUGUGGUAAAGCAGCUGAGAAGUCUGGUCAAUGGCAUGUCCCAGCAUUCCUAGAGUCGUCCACAUGAACUCCAAACACUGGGUUUGACAAUAUAACUUAUAAAUAACAUUAGAUUUUCUUUUCUUGGCCCCCAUGGUUUUUUUUUUUUUUUUUUUUUUUGCUCAAAAUCCAGUAACUCUCCGAAAAGACCCGUGGUAUAUAUUUUGACUGCAUCCUCCAUGUCUUCUGCCAAAAUAUUCACCACCGUAGGUUAAUAAUGUAAAUAUCGGGCAAAAAUGAAGAAGAAAAAAAAACAAAGAAGUGAACAGAAGUUAUGCAGUAAUUUUUUGUAAUGUAUUUUUAAAGGUUGAGAAUUAUGUUUUGUACGUUGUGAAAGUACAAUGACUCUAACACUACACUUGAGAGAGUGUGUGUGCGCGUGUGUGACUGCUGAUCGGUCAUAUUGCAACCUGUAUGAAAUUCUCCCUAGUGUACCAUGGUUGAAGUUUUUAUUGUACAUAUUUUUAAAUAUAUUUAACUCUCCUAUGGAAUCAUGCUUCCCAUGGGUCUGCCUUGAGUUGAGUUUGACUCACAUUAGGUAAGUUAUCAAUGCUAAAAACAUUUGCAUGAGAGUGCUACAUUUUUAUUUCCCUUCUACGUCGACAGGCUUCAAACAAAAGAAUCUAAAACUGUCGGCUCCAUUUGAAGGAAUGUUGCACAAAUGCGCCACAGAAUUAUAUUUAAUUUUAAUUUCCUCAGGGUGAAUUGAAAGCUUUGGGUUCAAAUGCUUUAGUAUUCUUUAUUUUUCUUUUAUUAUUAUUAAAACGAGCAAUAAUUGGUCCAGCUACAGAGAAACGUUAGGUUCAUGUCAUUGUUUCAAUCUAUUUUGUUUCUUAAAUUUAUUUUCACCAGGCAUUUUUGCACUGAUUAAAAAUUAUUUAAGUUUGCCUUUCAACAAGCAACUGUAUAUGCUAAUGUAUUUAAAUUACCAUUGUAUAUAUACCACACUAUUUUGUUAAAACCGGGCGGGUAAAAAUGGAAUGUAAAGAUAAAACAUUUGUCGUUAGCUCUGAGUGGUCCCAUAUUUCCGUUUCCUGUGAUCUCACGACUGUAACGACACUAAUACUGGUUUCGCUUUAAAAUAACUCUCAUGACUUGCUUAACAAAUCAGUAGUUACUUUAAAUAUUUAAAAUACAUUGAAUGAAGACAUUUUGAAUAUACAUUAACUGACGAUCUGUUAAGCAUUGUGUAAUGUUUGUUAUAACAUUACUUAAGGUUAAUAUGAAGUCUAACCCUAAUGAGAAUCACAAUAUCCCAAAGUCUCUCCCUGCAUUACCUGGAGUUUCUCAAACUCAAGUGACUUCAGAUGUUUUCAAGGUCCGCUCAUUUUUAUUUGUGUGCUUUAAUAAAAUAUGAUCACAAAAAUA